AGAAACCUCAGACUGACAGACUGCAGACAUGCUUCGAUUUUUCUUGUUAACAGUCCUCGCCGCCCUGGUGGUGGCUGAGUUGGAGCCCCAGCCCAGGUACCUGGAGGACAGCGUGGAGGAGAGAGUUGUGGGUGGUGAGGUGGCCAGACCCAACUCCUGGCCCUGGCAGGUCUCUCUGCAGUACCUGUCUGGCAGCUCCUACCACCACACCUGUGGAGGAAGUCUGAUCAAGAGAGGCUGGGUGAUGACUGCUGCUCACUGUGUGGAUCGCACCAGAACCUGGCGGGUGAUCCUUGGAGAGCACGACCUGAAAAAAAACGAGGGUUCAGAGCAGAUCAUGACCGUCAGCAAAGUGCACAUUCACUCCAAGUGGAACUCCAACAACGUUGCCGGCGGGUGGGACAUCGCUCUGCUGCGCCUGUCCUCUGAUGCUACUCUCAACUCCAAGGUCCAGCUGGCCUCCCUGCCCCCCUCUGGACAGAUCCUGCCCCACAAGAACGUCUGUUACGUCACCGGCUGGGGACGCACUUCCACUGGAGGGUCCCUUUCUAACCAGCUGAAGCAGGCCCAUCUGCCCCUGAUCGACCACCAGACCUGCACCAGCAGAGGCUGGUGGGGCAGCACCGUCAAGACCUCCAUGGUCUGUGCUGGAGGUUCCAUGGAGGCUGGAUGCAACGGUGACUCUGGUGGACCCCUGAACUGCCAGGUGAACGGCCAGUAUGUGGUGCACGGCAUUGCCAGCUUCGUGUCCGGGCAGGGCUGCAACGCCCACCAGAAGCCCACCGUGUUCACCCGCGUGUCCGACUACAUCAGCUGGAUGAACGGGAUCAUGGGUUGAAAAGAAGAGUGACCACUGGAGGGGAAGAGUUGACGUGCUGGCAGCUGCAUAAUCUCUCUGAAACAUCGGCUGUUAUUUGUGGCAAUAAACCUUGUCAAGCAACA